AGGCACGCGCUGCUCGUCGUGAUCGGGGAGAUCGGGACGGAGCCGGAGCGGGGGGCGCUGCGCGAUCACUUGAAAGAAGGAAUUCGUUCCUGGAACAUUAACAUUCUGUCCUGUGACCUGAAUCAGCAACUGCGACUCUUCGUAACCCGACACCUGGCUCAGUUUUCUUCAGAAGUCAAAGGCCAAAGAACCCUCCAUCACCGGAGUGAUACCCUGGAGACAGUGAUCCUGGUAAAUCCCAAUGUGGACAGCAUCGUGUCUGAGGUCCGUUCACUGGUGUGUGAUUCAUCAGCCCACAAGCUACUGAUCUUCUGUGGUCAGAGCUCAGACCAGGAAGGAGACUUGAUCCUGCAGACAGGGACCUUCACUUACCAGAAGUUUGCUGAGAUACUUUCAGACCCAGAGGUCAUCCAGAUUCUUAGCAACACUGAUUCAGAUAUCAAGGCCUCCCUCACUGUGUCGUGCUUGGGAGAAGGAGACUGGAGCAACCUUGGGCAUCCUCGAUUUCAGGAAAUUAUUAAUCUGAAACUGAAUCCUGAUCCAGUUCUGCCAGAAAUGGAUGGGGUGUCUGAGUUUGCAGAAUACGUCUCUGAGACAGUUGACGUGCCAUCUCCAUUUGAUCUCCUGGAGCCACCCACUUCAGGGGGCUUUUUGAAGCUUUCCAAACCCUGCUGCUACAUAUUCCCUGGUGGAAGAGGUGAUUCUGCUCUCUUUGCUGUAAAUGGGUUUAACAUCCUUGUGGAUGGUGGCUCUGACAGGAAAUCUUGCUUCUGGAAGCUUGUAAGGCACCUGGAUAGGAUUGACUCAAUCCUGCUCACCCACAUUGGUGCAGACAACCUACCUGGCAUCAAUGGGCUGCUGCAGAGGAAAGUUGCUGAGCAAGAAGAGGAACAAUCCCAGGGCUCUACCAACUACAGUGACUGGAUGAAGAACCUAAUUUCUCCUGAGCUAGGGGUGGUUUUUUUUAAUGUUCCUGAAAAACUGAAGAUGCCUGAAUCGUCCAUGAAAGUAAAGAGGAGCAUCGAAGAAGCUUGUCUGACACUGCAGUAUCUCAACAGACUAGGCAUUAAAUCAGAGCCUCUCUACAGGGUGGUGAGCAGUACCAUUGAACCUAUCACACUUUUCCACAAAAUGGGAGUGGGUAAGCUGGACAUGUAUAUACUGAAUCCUGUCAAGGACAGUAAAGAAAUGCAGUUUUUAAUGCAGAAAUGGGCUGGUAAUAGUAAAGCAAAAACUGGCAUAAUUCUUGCAAGUGGGAAAGAAGGUGAAAUUUCUGUUCCCUAUCUCACAUCCAUCACAGCCCUCGUGGUAUGGCUUCCAGCUAGCCCAACAGAGAAAAUUGUAAGGGUUUUGUUUCCUGGAAAUGCUCCUCAAAAUAAGAUACUGGAAGGUCUUGAGAAACUCAAGCAUCUGGAUUUUCUGAGGUACCCAGUGGCUACUCAGAAAGAUAUCACUUCUGGAAUACCUCCACCUGUGCUGAAGCAGACCAAAAUUAAACAAAGAACUGACAGUAAAGAGAGUCUUAAAUCUUCCCCCAAGCCAUCUGUGACAAAGCAAGCUAAGAAAGAAGAGGCAGUUGAGGAGGGGAUUAAGGAGAUAAAACCAGAAGUCAUAAAGGAUACUAAAAUUGAGAAAAAGGUUAAAGAACACUCAGAGAAAAUUCCUGAGAAACCUGUUAAACAUGAAAAGGUAAAGACAGAAACAAGUGAUGCUCUCAAAGCUGAGAAAAGAAAAUUGUCAAAAGACAAGGUUGGAAAAAAGCAUCUCAAAGAGAAAGUAUCCAAACUGGAGGAGAAGAAAGACAAAGAAAAGAAAGAGAUUAAGAAGGAGAAAAAAGACUUAAAAAAAGAUGAUGGAAAGAAAGAGGAAAAAAAAGAUUCAAAGAAAGAGGAUAAAAAGAAAGAAACCAAACCAGAGCCCAAAAAAAUUUCUAAACCAGACUUAAAACCAUUUACCCCAGAAGUAAGAAAAACAUUAUACAAGGCAAAAGUUCCAGGCAGACUCAAAACUGAGAAGAUCAAAGUCAAACCUGAAAAGGAAGUACCUGCUGAUUUGAAGACAUCACCAAUGGAGAAGGCACCGGUACAGGUGGAGCCAGGAGAGACUUCCAUAGCUGAACAGAGGUUAGUCCUGUCUUCACCAGAAGAUCUUACAAAGGACUUUGAGGAACUGAAGCAUGAGGAGAAAGGGGCCUUGCAGGUGACUCAGGAAAUGUCUGAUAUUGAGGUUAGUGAUAAGAUUAUGAGAGUACCUGAAACAGAGAUAAAAGACUCUGCUGACAUGAUUGCUCAGAGUUGCCUUGAAGUGGAUCUGAUUUUGAAAACAAAUAUUCCUGAUCAGGGAAUAACUACUACUGAUAUGGAAAAAGAAUCACCAGCAGAGGAAAAGGCAGUCCAUCAGCUAGAACUGAGAUCAGGUCAUGCUGAAGAAAUAGAGGAUGAAAGAAGAACAAUAGAUGAAAAUCAUGACACGAGAUACUGUGAGGGAAAAGCUGAGCAGGACAAGGAAGUUCAGCUGGUUCCAGACAAAGAACAAGUACCAUCACAGACAGACCCCUUAGCAAAGGGUGUUCAGUCAUCAGCGUUCAGAGAGGAAGAAAAGGAGGAAGAGGAGAAAAUCUCUUUGGACAGAAAACAGAGGGAAGCAGAAACAAAGACUUGUGAAAAGUAUACCGAGGGGACAGAGGCACAGGAAGAGGGUGAGAAGGAAAAGAGAGAAGAUGUGAUAGAAAAGGCAGAACUGGAAGAAAAGGAAGGACAGCACAUGAAGGCAGAGGAGAAGGUGGAAAAGAAUAGAGACUUCUAUGAGCUGAAUCAGGGUGAGAGGGAGGACAAAAUAUUUACCACUACAGAAAAAGAGAAAGAUUUUAGUGACAUGGUUGAGAAAAACAAGUUACUUGGAAAGGACAUAACAAAGGAAGAGUCAUAUCUGAGCAGUCUGCCAGUCCCAGCAGGAGCAACAGCAGAACAUGUUUCAUAUAUCCAAGAUGAAACUAUCCCAGGCUACUCAGAAACAGAGCAGACCAUCUCUGAUGAAGAAAUACAUGAUGAACAGGAAGAGAGGAUCCCACACUUGAAGUAUGACGUCAAUGCCUAUGACAUUUCUGUUCCUGACCACCCAGGCUCUUUUGAAGCCAUACAUGGAAUACAGGCCAUGCCUACUGCUGACCUUUCAGCCAAGGGCUAUGCUGGCCAGGAGUCUGAAAUCCUGGCAUAUCCUACAAACAUUGUGGCAGCACCUCUAGCUGAGGAGGAACAUAUAUCCUCUGCUACCUCCAUUACAGAAUGUGAUAAGCUUUCAUCUUUUGCAACUUCAGUAGCAGAAGAUCAAUCGGUUGCAUCUAUAACAGCACCACAAACAGAAGAGACUGGGAAAAGCUCUUUACUUCUAGACACAGUAAACAGCAUGCCCUCCUCUCGGACUGAAGCAACCCAAGGUCUUGACUAUGUUCCCUCUGCUGGCACAAUCUCCCCCACAUCGUCCUUGGAGGAAGAUAAAUGUUUUAAAUCUCCACCCCCUGAAGAUUUCCAUGCAUUAGCAGAAGGAGAGAGAAAACCGGAAGCUCAAAAAAAGGAUCUUAAUGAAGAAGCAGAAGAUGAAGAGGAAGAAGAAGAUGGGACUCCAAAUAUUGAAAUGCCUGAGAAACUCAGAGGGCAUUACAAUGCCCCCAUGUUUGCUCAUCAAGGAGGUCCUGAUAAUGUGUUAAUCAGUGUUCCCACGGAAGUGGUGCAAACUUCUGGUCUGCCAUUAUCCACUGAAGAAACACCGCUUUCCCAGGUUGAUUCUGCAGAGGCUGAAGAACGAUGCAUGAGUCCUGAUGAUAGUACAGUCAAAAUGGCCUCUCCCACCCCAUCUGGCCCCACUAGUGCAGGACACACACCUUUCCACCAGUCUCCAGUGGAGGAAAAACUAGAAACAGUAGACUCAGAUCUAUUUGAAAAACAAACAGAUGCUGCUGCCAACAAAUUGGAAAGCCAAACUUCUGUUGUGGUGAAGGGAGCCAAGGGUGAACCUCUCAAAGAAGAUGAGCUAUCUGCAGCUAAAUACAGACAUGAAAAAGAAGUGCCUGGACCUGUACAGCACAAGCUGGACUUGGGCAGUGAUGUUCCAGUGUCUCCUGGGGACGAGGUGCAGGAAGAACCAGUGGGCAAGGAGGAGCUGCCCUGGCUGUCCUACCACAAGCAGGACACAGUGGUGAUAGGGGAGGAGGAGGAGGAGCGUCCCAUGCUGCCUCAUCCCAGCACAGAUGUGUUUCUGGAGCCAGAAAAAGAGCAAGGAACUAAAACCAUUACAGAAAGUUUAAUGGGAUUUUCAAAACACUUGUCCUUUGAGCCAUUCUCUACCACAGAAACAUCCCUAGGAAAUGUGGAUCUUCCACAGUUCACAAGCCAAAGCAAAUCUGAAAGUGACAAAUCUUCACAAUUUUCACCAGAUGACACCAAAUCACUUUCUUUUACAGAAGAAAGUAUUGGUAAAGAAAAAUCCUCAGAUACUUCUGUUAAGGGAGUGACUACUGAAGAAGAAAAACUGCUGUAUUUCACGGGAGACACCUCAGAAGAAGAAAAAUCUUCUCAUGUUUCCAUUAAAGACAUUUCUCCAGAAGAGACCAAAUCCAUUUCUCUCACUGAGAGUCCCAGCAAGGAAAUCUCUUCAGACCUUUUUGUUAAAGGAAUUUCUCCAGAAGACAUAAAAUCUCUUAGUUUCACAGAAGAGAUACCUGCAAAAGAAAAAACUACAUCUGACUUCACUGACAAAUUCCCUUCAGAGGCUGUGAAAUCCAUGGAUUUUACAGAGCAGAGCCCAGCUACAUAUGAAAAAUCACUGAAAAUUUCUGCCAAAGAAUUCACAAAAGAAGUGUCAAAACCUUUUCCUUGCCCAGAAAGUAGCUCAAUUAAAGACACGUCACCCAGAGAUACUUCAACUGAAGAAAUGUCUCCAGAUGACAGCAGUUUAUUUUCUGCAACAGAAAAGGACCCACUUAGGGGAAGAACUGCAGGCUUGGACUCUCAGGAAGUAUCUCCAGAUAUGAAGGGCUUACACUUUACAGACUCUAGCCCAACUGAGGAUAAAACAUCUUCACACAUUUCUACUGAAGGUGUAAAAUCUUGCAGGUUCAAAGAAGCUCAAGAAGAAAAAUCUCCAGAAAUGGAAGACUUUUACAUGAAAGAUUUAAGUUAUGAGAAGAAAGUGUGGUUUCCAGAAGAGGUGGAGGAGACCCCUGUUCAGGGAAGGCGGCAGAGAUAUGAUAAAGAGAGAGAGAGCACAUUCUUGGACGAGGUACCAGAAUAUGAAAAAAAAUCCCUUCCUAAAAUGGGAGAGGGGGAGAUCCUAUCUCCUGCAGUGCCUGGCAGUCACAGCUGGAGAAGAGCAGAAAGUGAAGCAUGGGGUUCAGUGUAUGGGUAUCUUCAGGAAGGAGGAGAGACUGGAAGAGGAGGACAGUUACCCAAGGAUGAGGACGAUGAGGAGCUCUGUCAUGCUGAAGACAAACCUGUGCUACUGCAAGCAGAAGCAGAAUGUUUAAAGAUGGAAUCGUGUGAUUACAAAGAAGACACACAGAAGAGUGCCAAACCUACAUCAGAAACAAAGAAAGCAGAAAUAGUUCCUGCUGACAUCACUCUCCCAGAAAGAACACAAAUGGGAGGUUCUCCUCUGUCUUCUCAAUAUGCCUCUGGUGAGGACAAUCAGGCCAAAGCAUUAACUGGAAACAAAGAAAGGCAAGAAUUGUUGUUGACAUCUAAACAUGAUUACUCCUACUUAGAUGAUGAGGAGAAAGCUGUCCUAGAUAUCUAUGCAAAGUCACUAGACCAAGCACUGAUGGCAUCUCCCCUGUCUGUAACAACUACCACUCUGGAAAAGGAGAUUGACACGAUACCAGAAACAGAAAGGCCUUACAAGUUAGAUCAGUGCAAGCCAACUUUACGGGAAGAAGUCCCAUCGAAAGACACAGAGAAGAAAUCAGACAUCAGUGGUUUGUAUCAGGAAAUAGACUGUAAAUAUAAGUCAGAUAGAAAGCAAGAGGAUGACUACAAAUCCACCGAGGGUCUUUAUGAGUCUACAGGAAGAAAAGAGCAGAUGGCAGCAGCAUCUACUCUGUUGCAAUCUACAAGACCAGCAGAAUAUGAAUAUAUAGCAGCGUCCCCAGAAGAAAGUGCUGCAGUGUCAGGGCAGUGUGCACACUCUCCUCUAGGACAAGGCCCUUGUCAAAAAAGCAGUGCUGCCAUGGGCCAUGCUGAGGCUGUGGGUUCUGCCGGCCGUGUGGCAUAUCCUCCAGAGACCUAUUCCAGGAGCUCCCCUGAGCCUUAUUCCUAUGAGGAAGGGGUCUGCAGACCCAGAGGUGAUGACAGUUCUACAAGACAAGAGCAAGAAGAGAGAGAACCAACUCCCUACCCUGAUGAAAGAAGUUUCAAGUAUGCUGACAUCUAUGAGAAGAUAAUUGUGUCUGGAGUUGGACCCUCCCCCUUCACACCCAAGGGUGCAGACAGCCCAGGUCACACUGACAAGGUACCAGCAACAACAGUGCUCUCUCAAAAAGGUCAAAGUUUUCACGUCUCUGCAAAGGAAGAAGAGUCCUGCCUUUAUACCUCUGCUGAGAAGGAGUUGUCAUCGCCAGCAUCCCCUAAAGAUAAAGCAGAUUCAGCCUUUGACUAUACAGACAUCCAUGAAAGAUACUUGCCCUUGUCUGAAACUGAUAAGCCUAAGAUAUCUGAAGGACAGGAAGAACUGAAGGUGUCUUCUGCUUUGCCAGAAGAACUAGACUCUGAACUGCACCCAUCAUCCGCAAGCACAGCAUUUGCCUCUCCCACAGACAUGACUGACACGUUUUAUCAGGAAAAAUCAGCUGCCUAUAUUGAUGCUGCCUGUCCAGAUGAGAACAUCAUUUUGUCUAGCCAGGAGCAGCCAUCUCUGUCCCUGAAAUCUGAAAUCCCAAAUCCCAAGGAUACAUACUAUGAGAAAGCAGGUCGAGGGGAAGAAAGCAUGAGUGACUCAGAGUUAGAAAAAGGCGCCAAGGAGAAAUCUGAAAAGGAGUCUAAACUGCACAGCCCUGUUGAAGCUGCAGGCACAGUCUAUGCACACAUCUCAGCAAUGGACAAGUUUCAUGUAUCAGAACCCCUUCUGGAAAGCAAGCACCAGGAGUCCACUUCACGCAGUUCUACUGCCUCUUCACCUUCUGAUCCAGGGUGGAAAGAGGAAUAUGGAGGUAUGAAAACCGCACCAGCCACUGUCAUGGGGACAUAUGUUGCUGGCUACAGUGACCUGCCAGACAUAGGCAGAGAUGAGCAGGCUUCAGAAAUGUGCCACUUAAGACAAGAUUCUUCACAAAAGAGAGAGGUUGCUGAAAAAUCCACAAAGGAAUUACAUUCCUGUGUAACAGAUUAUCCAAGUGCAGCGGUGGUCUCAGAAUGCCAAGAGCAAGCCAUAUACUUGAAAUCUGCUUCCGGAAGACAGAAGGAGGCAUACAAAAAGGACCCAACAGUAGAAGGCAGAUUGAUGGAUAGCUCUUCUGGAUUUGAAUGCUCCCUGCUAGGAAAGAGUGAAACAUCCAGUAUGUUCAGACAUGAGCAAACGUCAGCAAGCCAUUUAGGGGAUAUCUCUCUUCCUUUAAAGGCUCCUUGUGCUUUGCUUUCAGACCAGGGGAAGAAAGAUGAGUACUUGGAGGUUUCUGAGAAAAUCAGCAGCCUUGAGUCAUCUUUUACUAAAUUCUCACCGCUAAGUCCAUAUGAAGAAGAUAAGUUAUUCUCCAAAGCUGUGGAAAGAAAGUCUGUCCCCCAACAGCAGCUGAAAGAUGACUCUUCCAGCCUGUCAGAGGAGCCUUCAUCUGAAGCUACCACUCCUGUCAUAUCAACUACAGCAGAAAGUUUCUACUCCCAUAUGCUUUCUACAUACACGGGUGCAGGAGCAGAACCAGGUACCAGGAGUCUUUGGGAUGUGUCUCCACAGAUUUCCGAUAAUGCCAUGAAAACACAUAUAGCUGAAACCAAAGACUUUGUGUUUGCUGAAGAACACGGUUCUCCAUUCACAAGUGGCAUGGGUGACAGCAUUUCCCCAUGCAGAAAGGAGUGCCAGAGUUUACAGCCCACACCAUUCUCUGCAGAGAAACAACAGCAACCCUGUGUAAGCAGGCCAGAGCACAAGGCACAAUUUGCAGAACAGCUGAUGACACUGACAUCUCUCCCUGAUGUGUUGACAUCAUUUCCUCAUCAUCAGCAUGAAGAUGAAACCACAGCCAAUGGUCCAACAGAGGUGAGCACCAGUCUGCAAGCUUUCCAAAGUACAUACCAUGCAGCAGAGGCAAAAGAUGAAAAAACGUGUCCUGAUUCUGACAGCAGUUUUUCUCCAUGCGCAGGCAAAGAGGACACAGAGAGGCAGAGCCGUCCUUCCUCUCUGAUGUCCCCUGAACACAGUUUCCAGCCCUUUUUCCCAGAUGUGCAGAGGGGUGGAAAAACAGAGGACCAUGGAGAUGCUUCCCAUGAGAUGGAGCCACGUUUAGGAGGCAGUUUUGAUUGUGGACAGAAAUUUUCCUCAUGUGAAUACAAGCACAGGAAGGGAGAGCUCUCUCCCUCAUUCAUCAACCCGAGCCCUCAUGAGCUCUCUGAAGAUAGUGACCUCUCACAGGAGGAUGGUCAUCCUUCAGUGCAAGGAAGACCACCCCACACUGGUAGUAGCCCCAUGCAAAGUGCCACAGUGGAGGAAACCCCUCCAACAUCAGUGAGUGAUUCUGGAACCUCCCAGUCAGACUCGGAUGUCCCGCCUGAGACAGAAGAAUGUCCGUCCAUCACAGCAGAUGCCAACAUGGAUUCGGAUGAAGAUGCCGAUUUCCUCCCAGUGGACAAAGCUGUUGGGAAUGCUCAUCAUGCCAGUUCUAGGUCCAGCCAUGAUCCUCAGCCUGUUCCAAUGGUAGAUCCCCAUCCCCAUCCUCCUCACCCUGAUGUCUGCAUGGUAGACCCUGAUAUGCUGGUAAAUGAACAAAGCAUGAGCAGAACUGAUAAAAUUUCCAAGAAAGACAUAAAAGAAAAGAACAAAGGUGUGAGGAAGCCUUUGAGCAAACCUAAAUCUUCCUCGCCUGCCCGGAAAUUAGAUGUGAAAGGGAAACGAUCACCCACUCCUGUGAAACAGCCAUCAGACAAAUCUCCAAAAUCUGUCACUGCCAAAAAAGAAAGAGAUGGAGGAGAGAAGCCCAAACCACGUAAUGCACUGGUACAGCCUCCUCACACAGAGGAUGAGUUAUCCCGGAGUAGUCACAGCAACCCUGGCAAGAGCCUUGUUAAUGGCAUCAAAACAAACCCUGCUUCCAAUAGUCCUAAGAGCAGUUUGCCUGUGCCCAUGGGUCCACCUGUCUAUGUGGACUUGGCAUACAUCCCCAACCAUUGCAGUGGAAAGAACACAGAUCCGGAGUUCUUCAAGCGGGUUCGAGCAUCAUAUUAUGUUGUGAGUGGGAAUGAUGCAGCCAAUGGAGAACCAAGCCGUGCAGUGUUGGAUGCACUCCUGGAAGGGAAGUCUCAGUGGGGGGAGAACCUGCAGGUGACAUUGAUCCCAACACAUGAUACUGAGGUGACACGAGAAUGGUACCAACAGACCCAUGAGAAACAGCAGGAGCUAAACAUCAUGGUAUUGGCAAGCAGCAGUACUGUUGUGAUGCAGGAUGAAUCUUUUCCAGCCUGUAAGAUCGAAUUCUAAAUCUCCCACA